GUGCAUACCUAAGCAGAACCUUCGGUGAUGGUGCUGUAGAUGGCGACCUGAUCGAAGGUAGGGUGAUGACCCCAACCGUCAGGUCCAUCUCCAUUCCGAAAAUGAGCUCAACUGGACAACCUACCGUAGUGGAAGCACAUGGUGCCUCGACCUCAUCUAGCACGCCGGAGUACACGAUCAGAAGUGAAGACGACAUGGACGCUUACCUUAGUCGUCUCAUGAAUGAUAAUGUCAACCCUGAUAGCCUCUUUGACGACGAGUAUUACCUGUUUGCUGGUGAAGGCUCAGAUCCUGAUGACAUGGAGCACGACGAAUUGGAAGACUCAAGACACAAUACCUAUGUCGACCAUGAUCCAUUGGACUAUGUCUACUCAAACCUCCCAGACCACACACACAUCCUGAAGCACGCCGCAAAUUGCGAUCACUGCAAGGCCAAGAAGUUUGUGUCUGAGGCCCCGGGAUUCUGCUGUCGCAGUGGGCAGAUCCAGCUGAGGCAACCGGAGCCCGUCCCGGAGCUAAUGAGGCUUUGGUCUAGCAUGGAUUCGGACUCAAGGCAUUUUCGGGAUAACAUACGAUUCUUCAACGGCCACUUCUCCUUCACAACCCUCGGCGUCAGCCUUGAUGAAAGCUACACAAACAUGAAGUCUGGGGUGUACACGUUCCGGGCGCACGGCACCAUCUACCACAACGUUCAUUCCUUCGGGCCAACAUCACGUCCAGAUCAUCUACAGUUGUACUUCUACGACGACGAUCCAGGCCUAACCCAUCGCAAGGCUGCCACCGAGCAAUUAGACCAAGAUGUUGUCAAAAAGUUAGUGGACAUACUCAGGGAAAACCCGUACUCCCAGCAGUUUAGGAGUUUGGGUGCGCACAGGGACAACCUCGACGAUUACAGGAUAGACCUCAACACUGACCACAGACUAGACCAACGGAAGUAUAAUAGACCUCUGUCAUCGGAGGUCGCUGCAAUUUGGGUGGAGGGCACUGACCUAGCAAAGAGGUUCGAUCGUAGGAUUACACUUUGCGGGAAUGACAACCAGAGGCACAUUGUGCAACAACCAAGAGGUAGAGGUGAUGAUGAUGAUGAUGAGGAUGCAGAGGGGAAUAGCAGGUUAUGCGUCUCGGUGAGAGACUACUACUGUUACAUGCUCCAGACACGACCUGGGAUAUUCAAUCCCAUACUCUGUGGAGCACGAUUGCUCCAGCAAUGGGGGGUGGACAUGUACAUCAAGAUUGAGAGUUGUAGGUUGAAAUGGUACAGGAAGAACCAAACAAAGAUCCGUGCCAACCUGUAUAAAGGAGUUGUUGAUGCAAUUACAUCCGGGGAGACCCGGGCAAGCGCUGUUGGAGUAAGGAUAGUGCUACCUGGAACGUACCCAGGUGGCGACCGCGACAUGAAGCGGAGGCAUAUGGAUGCCAUGGCAAUUGUCCAUACUUACGGGAAGCCUGACAUCUUCUUGACCAUGACCUGCAACCCUAACUGGGAAGAGAUAACGAAUGAGUUGUUUCCUGGUCAGACAGCGCAAGACCGACCUGAUCUUGUGGCUCGUGUGUUCCAUGGCAAGCUAGAGGCUAUGAAAGAGAUGUUGUUCAAGAAGAAUAUCUUGGGUGUUGUUGUUGCACAUGUAUACGUAGUCGAGUUCCAAAAGAGGGGCCUCCCCCACGCACACUUUUUGUUGAUCAUGGAUUCUGCCUAUAAGCUUGUCGUUCCAGAGCAGUACGACCGACUCAUUUCUGCCGAGCUCCCAGACAAGCAAAAGUAUCCUGAACUCCACGCCUUGGUGGUGAAACAUAUGAUGCAUGGACCAUGCGGUGCUCUCAACCCCAAAAAUGUUUGCAUGCAACAGAACGAGUGCAAGUGCAGAUACCCGCGGUCGUUCAAUGAAAACACGGCACAGGGCAAGGACUCAUACCCUGUUUAUCGUCGUCGAGAUAAUGGUCGGCAGGCUAAGGUCCGGGGUAAAAUGUUGGACAACAGAUGGGUUGUGCCGUAUAACCCUUACCUGCUGCAGAUGUUCAAUUGCCACAUAAACGUUGAGGUUUGCUCCAGCAUAAAGGCCGUCAAAUACCUUUACAAGUACAUAUACAAGGGCCAUGAUAGGGCUUCUUUCAGCAUCGACCAGCCUGACGCUGAUGGUAACAUUGAUGAGAUCAAAAGAUACGUAGACGCGAGGUGGGUUACUCCUCCAGAGGCGAUGUGGAGGAUAUUUGGCUUCCCCUUGUGUGCCAGUGACCCGUCUGUCCUACAGUUGCCUCUUCAUCUCCCGAAUAUGCACAGGUUGGCAUUCAAUGAGCAAGCUGACUUGACUGACGUAGUCGCCUCUGAGAAAGCUUCCAAAUCCAUGUUGACAGAGUAUUUCAAAGCUAACCAAAACCACCCGUGGGCUAGGAAUAUAUUGUACAAGGAUUUUCCUGGAAGGUUUACAUGGCAGAAGGGUAAGAAGUAUUGGAAAGAGCGGGUGGAGCGUUAUCAGAUAGGUCGAAUUGUGUCUGCCAAUCCUGCCGAGGGGGAGCGAUACUAUCUGCGUGUGCUGCUAAACCAUGUUGCUGGCAAGACAUCCUAUGAGGACCUGCUCACCGUGGACGGUAGGCUAUGCGGGAGCUUUAGAGAGGCUGCCGAAAGGUUGGGACUCAUCGAGGCAGAUAACACGCUCGACGACUGUCUUACCGAGGCAGAGCAGUGGGCGAUGCCAUGUUCGCUCAGGAGGCUCUUCGCAACAAUUUUGGUGCACUGUGAGCCAGGCGACGUGCGUGGUUUAUGGGAUAGGCACUUCGAGCCUAUGUCUGAUGACUAUCGGCGAUCACACACGUGCCCGAUUGAGGUGGAACAGAUGGUGUUGCUUGACAUUAGGGGUAUGUUGCAGUCCAUGGGCAAAGACAUAGCUGAUUUCUCUCUUCCAUGCAUUGACGAUGCAUUCGACCCAACCGAGGGAGAGGCCAGAGAAGUGAUCGAGGAAUCCAACGUCGAUUUUGACAUCAACGACACUAAAUUGGCUUCGUCGCUAAACUUGGAGCAGAGGGUUGCAUACGACGAGAUACUAGCUUCUGUUGAACGCGCUGAUGGGGGUGUGUUCUUUGUUGAUGGACCGAGAGGUACAGGGAAGACCUUCCUGUACAGGGCGCUGCUCGCCAAGGUUCGAAGCGAGGGAAACAUCGCUAUCGCUACCGCGACGUCAGGCGUCGCCGCUUCUAUCAUGCCUGGAGGCAGGACUGCCCACUUGAGGUUCAAGAUCCCAUUGAGCUGCGACGAUGGCGCCUCAUGCACCUUCACGAAACAGAGUGGUACCGCCAAGCUACCGAGGAUGGCCUCAUUGAUACUAUGGGACGAGGCCACCAUGACUAAGCGACAGGUGGUCGAGGCACUUGACAACAGCAUGCGCGACAUCAUGGGAAGACGGGACCGACCCUUUGGAGGAAAAACUGUUGUGUUUGGCGGGGACUUCAGGCAGGUGCUUCCGGUCGUCAGGAGGGGGUCCCGGGGUCAGAUAAUUGAUGCAACCCUUCGAAGUUCACACCUCUGGAAGGGUAUGCGCCAGCUAAGGCUCGUCACCAACAUGAGGGCUCAUAAUGACACCUGGUUUGCGGAUUACUUGCUAAGGGUAGGCAAUGGCACUGAGGAAGUUGACGAUCAAGGAAACAUACGACUCCCUGAAGAUAUUUGUGUGCCGUCUACAGGCGAGGGUGAUGACCUGGAGAAGCUGAUUGACCAUGUGUUUCCCAGACUAGAUGACAACAUGUCUGAUCCGAAUUACAUGACUUCACGCGCAAUCCUCUCCACCACGAAUGACAACGUCAACAAGAUAAACAUACGCAUGGUAGAGCGUUUUCGGGGAGAAGAAGUAAUCUACCAUAGCUUUGACAGUGCAGAAGACGACCCGUAUGGCUACUACGCUCCCGAGUUCCUAAAUGGAUUGACUCCCAACGGUCUGCCUCCGCAUGCACUCAAACUGAAGCUCAACUGCCCCGUCAUACUUCUGAGGAACAUUGAUCCGGCUAAUGGUCUGUGUAACGGGACGAGGCUUGUGGUGCGAGGUUUCGAGAGGAACGCCAUCGACGCAGAAAUCGUGAUCGGACAACACGCAGGUAGGAGGGUAUUCCUUCCUCGAAUACCCCUAUGCCCGUCUGACAACGGCAUGUUUCCAUUCAAGUUCAAGAGGAAGCAAUUUCCUGUAAGGCUUAGCUUUGCUAUGACGAUUAACAAGGCUCAAGGCCAGACGAUUCCGAUUGUUGGCGUGUACCUACCUAAUCCUGUGUUCUCUCAUGGUCAACUCUAUGUCGCACUGUCUCGAGCCACCGCAAAGAGAAACAUAAAGAUCCUCAUUGAGAAGGAGAAGGAGAAGGAGAAUGCCAAGAAGCAAAGCGGUAAACCUAAGAAGCGAAAAAGACCUGCCUUGUCCUUACAAACCUCGAUGAAGAACAUCGUCUAUAAGGAAGUCCUUACAGGCUGA